AUGGACGUGUCCAACAACCGCCUCUUCCGCUGGACGAAGCCCGAGUGGCUUAAUAACUCCGCCGUCCGAACUGUCGGUGUCUACACAUCUGGAGCGCUGUUCUCUCUCGGUUUCUUCUUCCUCGUCGAUGCUGCCGCCUUCUCACACAGCUCCCUCAAUGGCUCCAACGUCCAUGUCAAGUUUGUGGACUGGAUCCCAGGCAUCUGCUCCGCGCUCGGCAUGCUGGUGAUCAAUUCCAUCGAGAAGUCGCGCCUCCACGCGGACAGUUUCAGUUACAGCGGAGCCGGGGUGGCGUGGAAGGCACGCUUCGUGCUUUUCCUGGGAUUUGCGCUUUUGGCGGGUGGUCUAGCGGGCAGUGCGACUGUCAUGGUUCUCAAGUACCUCAUGCCGAAAUACCCGCUCCCGACGCUCUAUUUCGGCAUUGCCAAUGUGAUUGCGAACGGCCUGGUGAUGUUGAGCACCUUUGUCCUGUGGGUGUCGCAGAACAUCGAAGACGAUUACACCUACAAUCUCGCGCUGUAG